GAUCUAGAUCUAGAUUUAGUGGUGCUUCCCAAUUUGACAAAUGUAGGCAGAUUUUGCCACAUGAUUUGGAGAUCUGUGUCUUACUAGUCUUAGUCUUGUGUCUGUAUCACUGUAUGUGUCAAAAUCGAAGAGCUGUGCUGUAUCAUGUAGCCUAGUGUUAGAAAAUGUCUGGAGAUGGGAGCAAUCUCUCUGGUCUUUCAUCUGACCUGCAGUUUUGUCCCCGGUGUGGUUCUGUUCUUCCACCCCCUACCAUAGAUUCAGAUCUUAUCCCAUGUGCAAGAUGCCCAUACAGAAGGGAUGUCAAUGAUGAUGACAGUGUCAUAGAAGAGUUUGUGCUGCAUUACAAUACACCGAAAGAGAAGCUCAAAGAUUCUAGGCUAGAAGAGACAGAAAGUCUUGUUGGGUUGGACACAGCAGAGGAGUCUCAGGGUCCCACUGUGGAGCGCCAAUGCCCGCGAUGUAAUCACGACAUUAUGACGUACACAACGCGACAGACACGCUCGGCAGAUGAAGGGCAAACUGUUUUCUACACAUGUAUCAAAUGCAAAUUUCAAGACAUUGAGUAUUCCUAGCUUUAUGUACUCUUUUUUCUUUGUUGUGAUUGUCAUGAAAAAAUUCAAUUUUAAUAUGUGCAUAUAAAAAUAAAAAUGCAAUAAGUAUAAAAGU